CACAUGAUCAAGCCGUUAAUUCUGCGUGAUCAUGUCAUUUAACGCAAACCAGAACUUGUACAUGUAUAAAUAAAUCUGCAAGCCUCAUACACAUCUCAUGAUCUGAAGCAGCGACAAAGCGCUGAGACGAGAAUGUACACUAAAAAAAAGUGAUCCGCCAUGGCUUCCUCCCCCUUCUUCUCUGGUAGCGUGAGCGUCAUCUUGCUCUUUGCCCUCCUCUUCACGGGCACUCACACCAUGGUCACCGCUAACGUCCCUUCAAUACUCCCAGUAUGUAAGACCGUCAGUGGUCUCGUCGACCCCGAGUUCUGUCUGGAGGCACUCGGCUCCGAUGGACGGAGCGUCAGCGCCGGCAUGGACUAUCGGACCUACUCCAUCAUCGCCGUCGACCUCCUCACGGCCAACGCCACCAGCACGGCGACCAAGAUCGACGGCUUGCUGCGGGAGGGCGGGAGCAGAGAUGACGACGCCACGACGCGCUGCCUCAGGUCCUGCCAAGCGCUGUACAGCGGCAUCGUGCAGACGCAGCCCAGCGUCCAAGCUGCUAUCAACGACAAGAGGGAUGGUGAGGCGGCGUCGUCACUAGAGACAUCUGCGAGCGCCGCCAUGGAAUGCGAGGACGGGUUUGGGAAGAACAAUGUGGCGUCUCCGGUGACGGCGGAGGACAAGAACGCGUUCCAACUGGCCAAGCUUGCCAUCGCGUUGCUCACCAAGACGGCGACGCAUAAUGAAUAAGGUUCUUCAUAUUCCUAGGAAGAAAAUGUUUACUUCUUUUUUUUCUCCCUUCUUUUGGACAAAU